ACAGCGCCGUGCCGAGCCGGGCCCGCCGCCCUCAGCCCGCCAUGGCCGAGCCCGCGGCCUCUUCCAGCGCUGGCGCGCCGCUGCCGCUCAUUGAAUCAGAGCUUUACUUCCUCAUCGCCCGGUUCCUGAGCACCGGGCCCUGCCGGAGAGCGCUGAAGGUGCUGGUGCAGGAGCUGGAGCAGCACCAGUUGCUUCCUAAAAGAUUGGAUUGGCAAGGAAAUGAGCAUUAUAGAAGUUACGAAGAAUUGGUGCUAUCCAACAAACAUGUGGCUCCAGAUCAUUUAUUACAAAUUUGCAAGAGGAUUGGCCCUAUCCUGGAUAAGGAGAUCCCACCCAGCAUUUCCAGAGUCAAUUCCUUGCUGGGUGCAGGGAGGCAGUCACUGCUCAGGACAGCAAAAGAUUGCAGGAACACUGUCUGGAAGGGCUCUGCAUUUGCUGCUCUGCACCGAGGGAGACCCCCCGAAAUGCCUGUGAAUUAUGGCAGCCCCCCAAACCUCGUGGAAGUGCAUCGAGCAAAGCAGUUAACUGGGUAUGCCAAGUUCAGCACCUCAUUCCCAGGCACCAUGUACCAGCAUGUCAAGAUGCACAGGAGGAUCCUUGGCCACCUUUCCUCUGUGUAUUGCGUUGCGUUUGAUAGGACUGGACACAGAAUAUUUACUGGCUCAGAUGACUGCCUGGUGAAGAUCUGGUCGACUCACAACGGCAGAUUGUUUGCCACCCUGAGGGGCCACUCAGCAGAGAUCUCUGACAUGGCGGUGAAUUACGAGAACACCAUGAUUGCAGCGGGGAGCUGUGACAAAAUGAUCCGAGUGUGGUGCCUGAGAACCUGUGCUCCUGUCGCUGUCCUGCACGGCCACACAGGCUCCAUCACCUCCUUGCAGUUCAGUCCCAUGGUGAAAGGCUCCAUGAGGUACAUGGUGUCCACUGGUGCAGAUGGAACUGUUUGCUUCUGGCAGUGGGACACAGAUUCCAUGAAAUUCAACAACCGCCCACUGAGGUUCACAGAGAAACCCAGGCCAGGGGUGCAGAUGCUUUGCUCUUCCUUCAGUGUGGGUGGCAUGUUUUUAGCAACUGGCAGCACUGACCACGUCAUCAGGAUGUAUUUUUUUGGCUCUGAAACACCUGUGAAAAUAGCAGAACUGGCAAGUCAUGCUGACAAAGUUGACAGCAUUCAGUUCUCUAAUGGUGGGGACAGGUUCAUCAGUGGCAGCAGGGAUGGCACAGCCAGGAUCUGGCACUUCGAGCAGGCAGAGUGGAGGAGCAUCUUGUUGGACAUGUCUGAUCGACUGCUGGGUGACACUUGUGCAGAAGAAGACAAAUUCAUGAAGCCCAAAGUGACCAUGAUCGCCUGGAACCAGAACGACAAUUACGUCGUCACCGCCGUCAACAAUCACCUGCUCAAAGUGUGGAAUUCCUGCACGGGCCAGCUGCUCCAUGACCUGGUGGGCCAUGCAGAUGAGGUGUUUGUGUUGGAGCCCCACCCCUUUGAUUCCAGGAUAAUGCUGUCUGCGGGUCACGACGGCAACAUCUUCAUCUGGGACAUCACCAAAGGCACCAAAACCAAGCACUACUUUAACAUGAUCGAAGGCCAAGGCCACGGGGCCGUGUUUGACUGUAAAUUCUCCCCGGAUGGGCAGCAUUUUGCAUGCACAGACUCCCACGGGCACCUGCUGAUCUUCGGCUUUGGCUGCAGCAGGACUUACGAAAAGAUUCCUGACCAGAUGUUCUUCCACACGGACUAUCGGCCGCUGAUCCGAGACUCCAACAACUACGUCCUGGACGAGCAGACCCAGCAGGCCCCUCAUCUCAUGCCCCCUCCCUUCUUAGUGGAUGUGGAUGGAAACCCUCAUCCCACGAAAUACCAAAGGCUGGUGCCAGGAAGAGAGAACUGUGCUGAUGAACAUCUGAUCCCUCAGCUUGGCUAUGUGGCAACAAGUGACGGAGAGGUGGUUGAGCAGGUGAUUGGGCAGCAGACCAUGGAUCAGGAGGAGCAGGGCAUGGAGCCCAGCAUCCUGGAUGGGAUGAUCCGCCAGCUGCAGCUGGAGCAGGACCAGAGGACUGCAGCUGACCCAGAGGCUGCUCCCAACGCCCCCCACAACGGGGAGGGGACCCCCAGGAGAGCUUUCAGGAGGCCGAGUGUGGACAUGCAGAGCCCCCCCAACAUCGGGCUGAGGCGCAGCGGGCAGGUGGAAGGGGUCAGGCAGAUGCACCAGAACGCCCCACGCAGCCAGAUGGCCACGGAGAGGGACCUGCAGGCCUGGAGGAGGAGGGUGGUGGUGCCUGAAAUCCCCCCCAGCCUGCUCAGGAAGCAGGAAGAAUAUCGGAUUGCAAAGGGGGAAGAAGAGAGAGAUCUUUAUGUGACAGAGAAGAUAAAGUCAUUUGAGUCACUGGAAAAGAGCGACUCCGAGUCCUCGUUAAUCCAAUCCAAGCGGCGGCUGCACCGACGGAAAUAUUCCAAUUAUCGGACUCGGAACAACAUCGACCAGCUGGAAUCUUCUGAUGAGGAGAGGGACAACUGCUUGGGCUUGAUAGAGCAGGAAGCUGAAGAAAGUGAAGGCUCUGGCUCGUCAGAUGAAGAGGAAGAGUGGAGAAGUGACAAGAAAAGCAACAGUAACAGUUCCAGCGAUUCCUCCAGCAGAUAUUCCGACUGGAUCGCGGAUUCCGGGAUCAAUCUGCAGCCCCCCCUGCGCACCUCGCGCCGCAAAGCGCUCAGGUACUGCAGCACCUCGGAGGACGAAGGGUCAGCAGAGAAACCAUCCCCUCCCAAGAGGAGAAGGAGGAAAAGGAGGAAAAAACCCAAACCCAGGAGGCAGGAGGAGGCUGAUGCUGCAGCACAACCAUCCAACAUGGAAUUAUCCCAUGACUGGCACCCCCCAGUUUGGAUCACGGACACGGCUCUCCGGAGAUCCCCCUUCGUCCCUCAGAUGGGUGACGAGGUGAUCUAUUUCAGACAAGGGCACGAAGCUUACAUUGAGGAAGUGAGGAGAAAUAACAUUUACGAACUGAACCCGCACAAGGAGCCGUGGAGGAAAGUGGUGCUUAGGGAUCAGGAAUUGGUGAAAAUCGUUGGAAUCAGGUACGAGGUCGGCCCUCCCACGCUGUGUUGCCUCAAGCUCGCCUUUAUAGACCACGCCACUGGAAAGCACACUGACAAAUCAUUCUCCAUCAGGUACCACGACAUGCCCGACGUCAUCGACUUCCUCAUCCUACGGCAGUUCUACGACGAGGCCCGGCAGAGGAACUGGCAGGCCUCCGACAGGUUCCGCUCCAUCAUCGACGACGCCUGGUGGUUUGGGACGGUGCUGGGACAGGAACCCUACCAGCCUCAGUACCCAGACAGUCACUUCCAGUGCUACAGUGUCAAAUGGGACAACGGGGAAAUCGAAAAGCUGAGCCCCUGGGACAUGGAACCAGUUCCUGAUAAUGUGGACCAGCCUGAGGAGUUGGGGGGCAGUGUGUCUGUCACCCCACAGGAGGUGGAAAGGCUCCUCUACAAACCCCAGCCAGGGGAGUGGGGGCUGAAGUCUCGGGACGAGGCCUGUGAACGGAUUAUCAGCGGCAUUGACCAGCUUAUGACUCUUGACAUUUCAGCCCCUUUCUGUGGCCCUGUUGACCUGUGCACCUACCCCAAAUACUGCACGGUGAUUGCUUAUCCCACAGACCUCAACACCAUCAGGACCAGGCUGGCCAACAGGUUCUACAGGAGGAUCUCAGCUCUGGUGUGGGAGGUGAGAUACAUCGAGAGCAACGCCAGAACCUUCAACGAGCCUGGCAGUGCCAUCGCCAGAGCUGCCAAAAAAAUCACCACCCAGCUGCUCAAGUUCAUCAAUGAUCAGGACUGCACCAACAUCUUCGAGCUCUGCAGCACCACAGAUGAUGAACAGGACUGUCACGAUGAUGAUGAAAAAUGUGUUCCCAGGACAUCCUACAGGAGGAGAAAAGUGAGGAAAAGUGUGAAAAGUGGUUAUGAUGAGAACUGUUGGAAGAAGCAGUGCAUGGAACUGGUGAAUUUAAUUUUCCAGUGUGAAGAUUCCGAACCUUUCAGGCAGCCUGUUGACCUGGAUCAGUAUCCUGAUUACAGGAACAUCAUAGACACUCCAAUGGACUUUGGGACGGUGAAGGAAACUCUGGAAGCUGGGAAUUACGACACUCCAAUGGAACUGUGCAAGGACAUCAGGCUGAUAUUCAGCAACGCCAAAUCUUACACUCCCAACAAAAAAUCCAAGAUUUACAGCAUGACCCUGAGACUGUCAGCCCUGUUCGAGGAGAAAAUCCGAAGGAUCGUUUCCGAUUUCAAGGCCGGCCAGAAACAGAACGAGAAGCUGCGAAGGAACCAGAGGUACAGCAGGAGGUUGAAUAACCAGAGCUCGGGGCAGCAGCCCAGCAAAAUGCUCAGACGAAAAGGCUACACCUUCUGUGUGCCUUGGAAGCUCAGUUUGUUGGGGGAUAACGUUGGUUUGCCUGGGUUUGAAUCUGAGCAAGAAGAUCCUUCCCCCCAACCUACCUCAAGCAGAGCCGCCUGUGUCACAAGCCAUAAACAGAACCCUGGCAGAUACACCCAGAGUUCCUCCGGAGAAUCCUCGGAUUCCAUGUGCCUGGCACCCUUUGAAAGGAAUGGCAAAGCCAGAUCCACAGCACUCACCAACUGUUCUGUGUUAUCAUCAGAAAGUGAAGGUUCAGCGGUGUCUUUAUCGACUUCCUCUUCCUCUUCACCCUCCACGAGCAGCUCAGAAGACAGCAAGGAAUGUUGUGAGGCCAGCGUGUCCCCCCCGCUGCACAACGGGCUGUGCAGGAGGAAGGGCGGCAGCCCCAGGAUGACCCGCAACAGAGCUGCUCAGAGACAGCACCCAGGGACGGUUCUUCAGGAGAACGGGAACACCAGGAAAGCUGUCAGGAAAAGGCUGUACGUAAAUAACUCCCAAAACGCUUCAGUGCUGCCAUCCCAGCCCCUCAGCAACAGCACGGGCAGGCACAGGAAAACCCCCCGAAGAAGCGCUGCUCUGGCUGCCAAUAAACUGAGGCUGAUGAGUGACGUGGAGGAGGAGGUUUCCAGCUCGGAAAGCAUCGGAAUUGGCUGCAGGAACAGGAAGCUGCCCCACCGCAACGCCUCGGCCGCCGCCCGCAGGAUGCUGCUGGAGAGAUCCGAGGAUGACACGGGCUUGAAGUCAGAGAGCGAGAAAGAAUUAGAAGAGCAGCUCACCAAGAGGAAAACCCUUUCUCAGCCUGGUUCAUCUGCUCCACGGAGGAAAUUCGUGAGCGAAUCCGAAAACGGGAGUUCGGAUUCCGAGCCGGACGCGCGGCCGUGCCAGAACACCUGGCAAAGCAACGGCCACAAACACUUCCGGGGCUCGGCCCAUCCCUUGUCCCCCAAAGGGAAGAAUUCCAGCCCAGACUCCUCAGAGGACUCCAAAAGCCAUAAUUCCGAGGAGGGGAGCAGUCCCAGGAUCUGUGACCAAUCCACGCCUGCACACGAGAAACCUGCAGGGAGCGACUCCGAGGACGAGGCGGAUUCCGAGGUGGACGGGUGGGAUGGCAGGAGAGCAGCUGGCAAACAGCUCGGUGCUGCUGGGAAAAAAGCAAAAGUCCUGAGUGAUUUAGAGGACUCAGCAGAAUCUGAGACAGAAACCAGGGAGGAGUGGAAAAGUUUCCCCUCGGAGAACUUGGUGCCAACCAGGAUUGCAGGGAAUUCCAAAGCCGGCCCCUGUUCCAGCUUCCGUCGCUCCUCUGACACAGACUCGGAGGCUGAGUCCAACAACAGCAACUACUGUGAGACUUCACUGACAGCAAGCAAGAGGAAAAGAAAAGGAAGACCAAAAAUCCUGCACAACGGGCUGUGCAGGAGGAAGGGCGGCAGCCCCAGGAUGACCCGCAACAGAGCUGCUCAGAGACAGCACCCAGACUUCAGAAGCUGCUGUGUUGAUAUUUCAGAUUUCAACCUCUGCUUUUCCUUUGCAGGGACAGUUCUUCAGGAGAACGGGAACACCAGGAAAGCUGUCAGGAAAAGGCUGUAUGUAAAUAACUCCCAAAACGCUUCGGUGCUGCCAUCCCAGCCCCUCAGCAACAGCACGGGCAGGCACAGGAAAACCCCCCGAAGAAGCGCUGCUCUGGCUGCCAAUAAACUGAGGCUGAUGAGUGACGUGGAGGAGGAGGUUUCCAGCUCGGAAAGCAUCGGAAUUGGCUGCAGGAACAGGAAGCUGCCCCACCGCAACGCCUCGGCCGCCGCCCGCAGGAUGCUGCUGGAGAGAUCCGAGGAUGACACGGGCUUGAAGUCAGAGAGCGAGAAAGAAUUAGAAGAGCAGCUCACCAAGAGGAAAACCCUUUCUCAGCCUGGUUCAUCUGCUCCACGGAGGAAAUUCGUGAGCGAAUCCGAAAACGGGAGUUCGGAUUCCGAGCCGGACGCGCGGCCGUGCCAGAACACCUGGCAGAGCAACGGCCACAAACACUUCCGGGGCUCGGCCCAUCCCUUGUCCCCCAAAGGGAAGAAUUCCAGCCCAGACUCCUCAGAGGAGGACUCCAAAAGCCAUAAUUCCGAGGGGGGGAACAGUCCCAGGAUCUGUGACCAAUCCACGCCUGCACACGAGAAACCCGCAGGGAGCGACUCUGAGGACGAGGCGGAUUCCGAGGUGGACGGGUGGGAUGGCAGGAGAGCAGCUGGCAAACAGCUCGGUGCUGCUGGGAAAAAAGCAAAAGUCCUGAGUGAUUUAGAGGACUCAGCAGAAUCUGAGACAGAAACCAGGGAGGAGUGGAAAAGUUUCCCCUCGGAGAACUUGGUGCCAACCAGGAUUGCAGGGAAUUCCAAAGCCGGCCCCUGUUCCAGCUUCCGUCGCUCCUCUGACACAGACUCGGAGGCUGAGUCCAACAAUAGCAACUACUGUGAGACUUCACUGACAGCAAAAUCGGCCGGCGAGGAGACGGAACCGAGCAGGAAAGUGCUGAGGAGCAGGACCUGCAUCAUCAACUACAAGAAGCACAUCAAGAUGUCCAACAAGAAGAAGAACCCCCGCAGGUGUGCCACCCUGGCAGCCAACAAAAUCAAGAUCCUGAGCGAUGCCAAGGAGGAAUUGUCGAGCUCCGAGAGCGAUUGCACGGGGAGGAAGAGCCGGAAGCAGCUCCAAGGUGCCGCAGCACCCGGGGGGUGCAGGAAGAAACUCGUGGAUAGCUUGGAGGAUGAUACUUCUCUGAGGUCUGAGAACGAGAAAGAGCAGUUUUCUGGCAGGAAAAAACCUCCCUGCCCUGAGUCAUCUGCUCCUAAAAGGAAAUAUAUCAGUGAGUCUGAGAAUGAAAGGACUGACUGGGAGGCAGAGACUCCAAAGCAGGACCGCGGGCAGGCUCGUAAAUCAGCCUGUGCUGGGGUGCUGAAUAAUCUGGACUGUGACUCUUCCGAGGAGAAUUCCACCAACCACAGGGUGGAAAAUGGGGGGAGCUGGGGGGUUUCUAGGAAAGCAGCCUCAGCCCACAACCACUGUACGAGUAACUCCGAGGAGGAGGUGGAUUCUGACGUAGCUAAACCCAAGACUAAAACUCCCCGAGUGGCAGCAAAUAAAAAAUCUCGAGCUUCUUCCAAAAGAUCCAAACGGUUGGCUGGCUCCAAAGAAACGGCAGAAUCCGAAAGCAGGGGGAAGAAUGAGGAGAAAAGCUCAGUGUCAGAGGACGUGGAAGCACCUGGGACCGCGGGAAGUUCCAAAGGCAGCUUCAACUGCUCCUCCGACUCGGACUCCGGGACUGCCAACAGCGCGUGCAGCGACACCACGGACACCAGGAAGAGGAAAAGGAAACCCAGAACCGGCAGGAAAGAAACCCCCGUCCCCAACUCCCUGAGGCCUUCCAGGAGAACCCAGCGGAGGAAACGCUGGAAAGCCAGCCAGGAGCAGGACGAGUGGGAGGAGGUGGAAUCCCCCCGAGGCCGGGGGGCCAGGCGGCGCUCCAGGAUGCGCACGCGGAGCGGGGGCAGGAGGACUGUGCGGUACCACGACGGCGACGAUGACGGCGGCGGCGACACGUGACCUUAACCAAGGAAAGCCAGCACCACCACCACACCCCCUUUUUUUGUUUCUUUUGGGUUGUCAUUAUUUUGUUGUUGUUUGUUUUUUUGUUUGUUUUUUUUUUUUAAUGGUAAUAGCACUAGAAACUCCUCCGACGGCUGCUGGCUCUUCUUCGUCCUACAUUUCAGGGAAUAUAUUUAUAUUUUUCUAUGAAAAAGUUACGAAUGUGAUUUAGCUGACGAUGACUUUUUCUCCUUUUCGUAUUUUUUGACUUGCACUUGCCUGCCCAUGUAGCAGCAUUUAGCACAGAUGCCAAAAUGUGCCUCAUUAUAGGGGCAAUUUUUUUUUGUCUUUACUGGUAUUUUAUUACAUAUAACAAGAGUUAAAAAGAUGUUAAAAACACUGCAAACAGGUUAAUAGCAGUAUGUUGAGUAUUAUUGUUAUGGGUGCUGCAAUGAAAUACUACCUAGGUCAUGCAACAUUCAAGAACAGAUUUCAGACAUCUCUCAAUGCUGUGUGAAAUCAUCUGCAAUAGCAACAGGCUUCUAAGUAACAGUACACACACCAGAAAAACCUGGUUGGAUGCAAACCUUGCAUCAGAGGAGGAGUGAGGGGGCUGAUAACUUCACAACUCGGUUCAGUGCAGAUGUGGAAAUGUUCUUUACUUCCAUUAUGGAUGCCCAGUUACCAGUGAAGAGGUGAAUUCGCCAAUUCCAGAGGCUCUUGGUGCUGGUGAGGAGGGUUCUGCUGACAGGUAGUACUUUGAUCAUUAAUGUGACUUCUAUACUGUAAACUUUGAAGAUUAUGACAUGCAGGUGAAAACUCUUGGGCCGAAGGGUUUUUGUGUGUUUUCUUUAUAAAACAGAAAAAAAAAAAAAAAAAAACCAAACAAAACACUUUGUUCUGUUUUCUUUAUGCGUGGAAAGGUUGAGGUGGAGGAUUCUGACAUUCCAGACCUUUUUGCUACUGUUGUUCCUCCGUGUUUCGAGUGCUUGAAUGUUAGAUUUCCCACUGAUUAAACCUUUCCAGUUUCUCAUCACUGCAGUCCAUCUCCUGUUUCCAGAAUGUUUGAGGUGGCUUUUGUUGACAGGAAAAGAAUUCUUUGUAGAAAAUAGAAAAUUUCCCCCAGGAAAAAGGUGCAGGUUCCUGCUUGAACAGGUGUUAACAGUGAGAACACACAGCAAAACUCUCAAUUCAUAAUUUUCCUUGGAGUUGUGCUGGUGGGAGCCAGGGAAUCUCUGUCCUUCCCCACUCCAGUUUUCCUCCUCCCUCUCUGCAGGUUCCUUUUCCCUACACUUGGAAAACUUUGCAGUUCCUGAUCUCGUUGUUCAAUAGAAGGUGUGUUAUAAUUAGAAUAUCAGAUUUAUCCCAGCCCAACUGAAACGCAGGUUUAUGAGUUGGUUUUCCAGCAGAUUGGACUGGUGACAGGAUCUGGAAGGGCUUGGGGAUGAAAAGUCAGUGCAGCUGGACAACCACAGUCGUUAAUGCAGAACUCCCUGCACAAAUGGGUCAUGGAGAAGGGAAUCAGUCAGUGAGAGAGACACUUCAACAACCACCUCACUGAUACUGUGAAUUUACCAGCACAUCACUCUGCUUUCCAGAACAUUAUCUCAGCACAGAGAAAUACUCU